CCGACGCUGGCUGUGAUGAUAAUGUAUUGAUCGGAUUGUGAUGGAUGGCGGGCGCGCGGGCUUAUAAGCGGACAUCUCUGCCGAGGAGGGGGCAACACAGGUCCGCCUCUAGAGAAAGAGACUGCCGCCAUGCCGUCGCUCGCCGUGGUCCACCUCGUCGCUGUCAUCUGUUCCGCAAGAUGGACGCAUGCGCUACCUCUCUACCCCGAGUCCGACAUGGAGACGCAGCCGGCGCCCAAGGAGUCAGCACAACAGGAUAGCUAUGCAAACAUGGUUGAUGGCCUCCAAGAAGUGCUUUUGAAGCUGGCGGCGGCCGACAAACUUCGCUCUCAAGCGUUCCUCAGAUCGGAGCAGGGUUUGCCCAAAACCAACAAAAGAGCUUGUUUCUGGAAGUACUGCGUGACCAAUUAG